GAGAAUCAGAUCGAAAGAGUAGUAUUGUGCGAGUGAUUUAAUAAAAAAACACUAAUUAUGUACAAGAGGAUGAGUCAUGAUGGACAGCAAUCAUCACGAUAAACGCAACAACCAAUCAUUCAAGUCGGCAGUUCUCUUAUUCGCGACAUGAUCAUACAAAUACAGGGUGCAAGAGCUUUCGUUCUGUAGUUGUUAAAAGCUUGAACUGAUCUUGUUAGGUUCCUUCCCCAUCGAAGCUUCACUGUUAGGCUAUCAUGAAGAGUACAAAGGAAGCGAAUCAAGCAGAGAGCUUCCACAAAUCACCCGGUGUAUCAAGCAAGGAAAAGAACAUUUCUCACCCAAAAGAACCACAGAAGCAAAAGCGCAAGAGGAAUUCGUGUCCUUUGUCCUACGUCGAGGUAAUUACUUAUGCUAUUCUCGACUCGCCACGACGGCAAAGAACGCUAUCGGAGAUCUACAGCUUCAUCCAAGAACGCUUUCCUGAAUUCACUGAAAACAGAGCGCGAUGGAAGAACACAGUCCGCCAUAAUCUGUCACUGCAUGAAUGUUUUCAGAGAGGUCAAGUUGCCUAUGAGAAAGGUGGAUGCUACUGGCAGAUACAUCCAAGAUUCUUGGCCGACUUCAUUCGAGGAGAUUUUUCUAAACGCAAGAUACCGCAGCCUCCCUAUCUUUUCGUGAAUGGUGAGUAUAGCUAUCGUAGCGUUCCUGAGCUAGUUUUUCCUUUUCGUUUGUCUGGCCAGUCCUCACCGUUUGAACCACAUAUUGGAAUGUUACACAGCCCCAGCUGGAAUAUGCGACCUCCUUAUGGACAGCUUGGACACUUUUUUUGAACCCUUUGAGUUCCAAGAAAGCCUUGAAUAUACAGAGAGAAACAAACAAACAUCCCUCAAAAAAAUGAGGACGUUAAUUUGUCAUACAAACAGAAUAUUGGGCUUUCCACUGAACUUUUUGUAAUGCAUACAAGUAGAUGUAUUCCUUAGUAGAAUAUAAUUUGGUCAAAAAGAUCAUCUUAAAGGGUUACA